AUGCUCAUCGCCGCAAGUCGACCGUCCAUCCCCCAUGUCCAUCCAGUCAGCGCAUGCAUCAUGGCGGACCGGGAGCGAGAGGCUGCACGGAUCCUCAACCCAGCAGCAACGGCGUACGAAGUGCUGGGUGUUCCGCCAAAUGCGACCCAUGAGCAGAUAGCGGCCCAGCACAGAGAGCUGCGGGUCCGCUGGCAUCCGGACAAGCACAGAAACAGCCACGAGCGGGCAACGCAGAUCUUUCAGAAGAUCGAGCAGGCCUGGGACACGCUCCAGGAUCCAUCUCGCCGCGCUAAAUACGAUCAGGAGCUGCGCCGUCAGGCUGUGAGCCAGGACGCAUUCGCUGGUGAGGGCAGCAUCGGUGCGACGUUGCGGAGCGGUGCUUACGGCCGUAUCUUGAAGGCGAUGGAGGAACUUCCACGAGGCUUGGCCGACGACCUGUUGCUCCCCCAGAUCGUGGUUGUCGGGUCUGAGAGUGCCGGCAAAAGCUCCUUGAUGGAGCGCAUCGCCAUGCAAGCGUUCUUUCCUCGCGCUGAGGGCUUCUGUACGCGCAUGGCGAUACGGUUAAAGAUGAUGCACCGGCCCCACGAGAGCCGAGUCAUGAUUCGUUGCCUGCGCACCUCCAACGGGCAAGUCGCCAUGUUCAACGGCAUGCCCGCAGAGCAGCGCUUCGAGGUCGAUGGUGUCCAGCACACUGUCAUCCAGCGCAUCAUCGAGCGUUUCAUCGCGCAGGUACACGGCCAAGAUGAUGGGCGGAGCGUGCUCACCGAUAUCGAGAUCGAGAUCGAAUUUCGCGCGUGCAACGUCCCGACUCUGACGCUCGUUGACCUCCCUGGCAUCGUCAGCAUGCCCGCAGAUGUCCGGCAGCAGACGCUUGAGCUCACGCGCCGCUACUUGCGCGAUCCGAACACUCUCGUGCUGUGCGUCAUCAAUGGCAACGAGGCAGCUCUGCGCGGAUCAAGGGCUCUCGAGGAGAUCAGCGAGCAUGCGGUCGCCCGACCAGCCUUUUCCAAGACGAUUGUGGUCACGACGCGGACAGACCUCUGGGUGCAGAGCAACGGGCUGGUUAGUCUCGCUCGAAGGCUGGCCGAUCCCAAGAACGAGGUUGGGUGCGAGCCGGUGGCUCUGAUUCCGGUCAUCAACCGCGAAGCACCGAAAGAGAAUCAAGUGGAUGGUUACUCGCUGCCUGAUCUUGUCAAAAAAGAGCGCGCGAAGUUCGAGGAGUGGCAGGCAAAGGAGCCGGGGCUACGGGGCAAGCCGCUUGGCAUCCUAAGUGUACUCGACGCGCUGAAUGACCUCUUUGAGACGCAUAUGAGCGAGGUCUGGGUCCCGCAGGCGAAGAGAAAGCUGAUCGAGCUCAGGGCGGCCACGAAGAAGCAGCUUGGUGAUUUUGGG